AUGCCGAGUGCUAAUGGUCACAGCAACCCUAAAUGUGACAGCAGAGUGUGUGGUUUUCUACGACCAGCACUUUCAACAGGCAGGCUGUAUACAAGAAAUCUCGUGGACAAUGGAAAUGGAAAGUUCAACUUGAUGAUCUUGUGCUGGGGUGAAGGGCAUGGCAGCAGCAUCCAUGAUCACACUGACUCACACUGCUUUAUGAAGAUCCUCCAGGGAAAUCUGAAGGAGACUCUGUUUGAAUGGCCUGAGAAGAAAGGGAAUGGUGAAAUGACCAAGAAAUCAGAGCGAGUUUUGAGGGAAAAUCAAUGCGCCUACAUUAAUGACUCCAUUGGCCUGCACCGUGUGGAGAACAUAAGCCACACAGAGUCUGCCGUUAGCCUGCAUUUGUACAGCCCGCCCUUCGACAGCUGUAACACCUUCGAUCAGAGGACUGGACACAAGCACAAAGUCAAGAUGACCUUCUACAGCCAGUUUGGAGAAAGGACUGUCUGCGCAACAGCAAUGCCGCAGGAGAACAACUGAGAAGCACCAGCACACAUUUGCAUAAGACCUGCUGAAUGUUUAACCAGGGACAGAAGACUUGCAUGGCUAAGGCUCACAGCCAGCUAUAUUUCUAUACCUUGUACAUAGAAUUACACUAGGGCAGCUUCCAGGCCACCUGCAGUUCCCUCGAGCAAAUGCUGAUAGUGGGACACUAAGCUAACCAGUGCCAUAAACUACUUCAGAGGUUAGAUGCCUUUUCUUAGGCUCCUGUCAGAAUUAAGUAGUUUGUUUUCUGAUUCUAGCCUCCUUUUAAUUUCAAUUCUGAUACCACACUGAGAAUAUCAGAAAUAGGGGAUAUAGCAUCAUCUGACACUACUUAAUAGGCCUACGUGUAUGUAUGCUCUCAAUGUAAUUAAUAACUAUAUAAACUUCUAAGCUUCCAGUCACUUGUACCUAUGGGUAGUACACU